AUGGAAGAGUUGAAUGAGACUCAAAAAACAAAACAAGUUCAUAACCAAACUGUGCUUUUUUUAAUUAAUUAUUGUCGGCAAACCAAACGUGUCGAACAAUCGAAAAGACAAUUUGUUUUAAAACAUUUAAAUAAAAAUAAAUUAAUUUGGGUAUAUAAACGCUUUUAUCAACUUGAUUAUCAUUCUAUGAGAACUUUAAUCUUUUUAUCAAUUACAGUAUUUACUGCUUUUUCAGAUGAAUGUAAACCACCUGUUGAAAAUUGCCUAUCAUGUACUACAGAUGAUCCAUUAAAAUGUGAAACAUGUAAAGGAGGAUACUAUGUUAACAAUAAGGAAUGCACAGCAUGUUCAGAUGGCUGUUAUUUCUGUACUAACACGAAAAUUUGCGAACAGUGUUAUGAUGGGUAUCAUCUCGAAGAAAGUAAAUCUUGCACAAAAUGUACAGAAGGCUGUAAAACUUGUACUUCUGCCACUGUCUGUACCGCAUGCAAUGAUGGGUAUUAUAUUGAAGGAAGUAAAUGCACAGCAUGUGCAGUUGGUUGUAAAAAAUGUAGUGAUGCCAACACUUGUACUAAUUGUAAUGAUGGAUAUUAUAAAGUUGGUACUAAAUGCACAAAAUGUACAAUUGAAGGUUGUUCGAAGUGUAGUGGUGCUACAAUUUGUAAUGAAUGCAUAAAUGGUUAUCAUUUAGACACAAAAACAUGCAUAAAAUGUGCAACUGUCUGUUCAACUUGCAGCGAUACUAACAUUUGUACUGCAUGUAGUGAUGGUUAUUAUCUAAAUGGUAAAACAUGUACAGCAUGUGCAGCUGGCUGUUCAACUUGUAGUGAUGCUACUACUUGUACUGGAUGUACAACUGGAUAUUAUAUGGACAAAACAACAUGCAAAGCAGAAGUGAUUUGUUCUACUUCUGCAAUGGGAUGUUCGAAGUGCAAACAAGAUAAAACAACUUGUCUUUCAUGUACAGAUGGAUAUUAUCUAAAUAGUAACUCAUGCACAAAAUGUAAAAAUGGUUGUUCAACUUGCAGCGAUGCUACAAAAUGUACUGCAUGCACACCUGGUUAUUAUUUAGACAGUAGUUCUUGCAAAAAAUGUACAAAUGGCUGUUCAAAAUGCAGCGAUGCUAACACUUGUACCGGCUGUAUUGAUGGAUAUUAUAAAAGUGGUCAAACGUGUACAAAAUGUGCAGAAAAUUGUGCAAAAUGUACUGCUGCUAAUGCUUGUUCACAAUGUGUUACCAAUUUUGUUGGAUACAUUUCUAAAGGUGUGUGUACUGCCUGUUUGUCUGAUUAUAAAUGUGCCACAUGUGUUGAAGACCCCAAUGAUGCCAAUGGUAAAUGUAAAACUUGUGAUACUAAAACCAACUUCAAAUACAUGAAUGGUAACAAAUGUGUUGAUUGUGCAACUGGAAAAAUCACAUCAAAUGGAAAGUGUGAUACAUCAGAAAAUGCAUGUGGAAGUGGAUGUGCCGCAUGUAUGGAAGUUGCUGAAAAUACAAAAACAACCAAAUGCACCAAAUGCACUACAUCAACUGAUUACAUCAAUCUUGAUGGAACUUGUGCAACAACUUGCAAAUUUGGUAAAGCUGAUAAAGAUAUUAUGACUUGUGAAGAAUGCACUAUUAAUGGGUGUGAAGUUUGUGAAACGGUUGGAAAUGCUGAACAAUGCACCAAAUGUGGAACCAAAUACAUUGCUUCUGACAAAAUUUCAUGUGUUGAUAAAUGCACUAUUGGUAAACCAGUUGAAACUCCAAUUAAAAAGUGUGAAAAGUGUGCCACUGAGAAUUGCGAUGUUUGUGACAAAGAUGACAAGUGCACUCAAUGCAAGACCAAAUUCAAUCUCAUGGCUGACACUUCGAAAUGUGUUGAUAAGUGUCCAGAAGGAUAUAUGACAGAUAAAACAAAUAAUAAAUGCAUUAAAUGUACUGUCGAAGGUUGCGCAACUUGUGAAAAGGUGGAUGAAUGCACUGCAUGUAUGGCUGAAUACAAGUUGGAGGGAGGAAAAUGCAAUGGAGCUAAUGCAGUUUUCGCGAUAAUGGCUUUAGUCGUUAUGGCUUUCUUAUUCUAA